AUGGCGCCCGCACCAAUUCUUGAUUCCAUCGUUGACACGAUUGAGCCCAGGAAGGAGACCCUCCCUCUUCCGGAACCAGCACGUCAACGUCUCCUCAAAGCUGCAAUCGACCUGUCCAAGGGUUAUCCAUACCGCCCAUCUGUACCUCUUUACCUUCAAGACGUUUACAAGAUUCGCGACGAGGAGCGACUUUACCAGGACGCAGGUGCUCGAGCUGACAAAUCAAAGAAGAACCUCUUCUCAGCAGCAACCAAGGUGACCGACUUGACCACACACAUCGGGACCGAGAUCGAGGGUCUUCAGCUCAAGGACCUCACCCCCCAGCAGCGCGAUGAGUUAGCCCUUCUUAUUGCCGAGCGGAGCGUCGUCUUCUUCCGUAACCAGGACCUCACUCCCCAGCAACAAAAGGAGCUGGGUGAGUGGUUCGGCGAGGUCGAAGUUCAUCCUCAGACUCCCCAAGUCCCUGGUGUCCCAGGCGUGACCGUUAUUUGGCCAGACCUCUUCACCCUGGAGAGACCGGCCGACUUCCGUCGUCCUGGCGGUGCCUCAAACUGGCACAGCGAUCUCGUUCAUGAACGCCAACCGGCGGGUAUCACCCACCUGCACAAUGAUACGGUACCUCCUACCGGCGGAGAUACGCUUUGGGCAUCUGGUUACAGCGCUUAUGAGAAGCUUUCGCCUGAAUUUCGCAAGAUCAUUGAUGGCAAGUAUGCCGUGUACCGCUCUGCACACCCAUACAUCGAUCGGCAGGACCCCAAUGCAGGACCCAAGUACAUCGAGCGCACGCAUCCGCUUGUGCGAGUUCAUCCGGCCACUGGGUGGAAAGCAUUGUGGGUGAAUCGAUCAAUGACGGUGCGGAUCGUGGGGCUCGAUAAGGCCGAGAGCGAUGUGAUUCUGAACUACUUGUAUGAUGUCUACGAGAAGAACGUCGACAUACAAGUGCGCUUCAAGUGGACACCGGGGACGAGUGCGUUGUGGGACAAUAGGUCAGUAAUUUCUUGA